CGUGCCCGGAAAACGAAAACCGUCUUCUUACCUCUUCAAUGCCGGCGGUGAUGAGUGGCGGUACAGUCGGUGCUGGCGGGGGCGGCGGAUCCCUCGAUUGCCGCAGCUUCUGGAAGGCCGGCGCGCACGAGGGCCCCUCCGCGCCCAUCCGCGAGUUCCAUGAUGGGCUGGAGACAGGGGACUUCGACCGCGCCCGCGUACACCCCAAGUUCCUCCACACCAACGCAACCUCCCACAAGUGGGCGUUCGGAGCUAUAUCUGAACUUCUUGACAAUGCCGUAGAUGAGAUCUGCAAUGGUGCCACGUUUGUAAAAGUGGAUAAAAGCAUUAAUUCGAAAGACAAUAGUCCAAUGCUAGUUUUCCAAGAUGAUGGAGGAGGAAUGGACCCUGAAGGGGUGCGCAAAUGCAUGAGUCUAGGAUUCUCAACCAAGAAAUCGAAGACAACCAUUGGCCAGUACGGAAAUGGCUUUAAGACGAGCACAAUGAGACUUGGUGCUGAUGCGGUUGUUUUUACUCGUGCAGUGCGCGGAAGUAAUGUUACCUUGAGUAUUGGUUUGCUCUCUUACACUUUCCUGAGGAGAACAAUGAAGGAUGACAUAGUUGUUCCCAUGCUCGAUUUUGAAGUCCGAGAUGGCCACAUAGUACCUUUGGUUUAUGGUUCACAGGGUGAUUGGGAUAGUAGCCUAAAGAUAAUACUUGACUGGUCCCCUUUUUCUUCGAAGGAAGAACUGCUAAAGCAGUUCGAGGAUGUAGAUAGUCAUGGAACCAAGGUGGUGGUAUACAAUUUAUGGAUGAAUGAUGAUGGCCUUUUAGAACUUGACUUUGAGGAUGAUGAUGAGGACAUAUUGCUUCGGGAUCAAGGUCAAACCAGUGGGGGAACAACAAAGAUCCAAAAAGAAAUUGUUGAGCAACACAUAUCUCACAGACUCAGAUUUUCAUUGCGAGCAUAUACGUCCAUCCUUUACCUUAGGAAGUUUGAGAACUUCCAAAUUAUACUAAGAGGAAAACCUGUUGAACAAAUAAGCAUUGCCAAUGAGCUGAAGUUUAAGAAAGUAGUUACUUACAAGCCUCAAGUUGCCUAUGAUUCUCAAGUGGUUUCAGUGAAGGUAGAUAUUGGCUUUGCAAAGGAGGCACCUGUUUUGGGCAUUUUCGGUAUGAAUGUCUACCAUAAAAAUCGGCUAAUCAUGCCAUUCUGGAAGGUCCUUCAAGAAGCAUCUAGUAGAGGGAGGAGUGUUGUAGGUGUACUCGAGGCAAAUUUUAUUGAGCCGGCACAUGACAAGCAGGAUUUUGAGAGGACUCCACUAUUCAUUCGGCUAGAAACAAAACUAAGACAAAUUAUCGUUGAUUAUUGGAAAGAAAAAUGUCAUCUAAUAGGUUACCAGCCAAUUGAUCCAAAAUUGAGAUCCCAGUAUAAGGCUGCUCUUAAAGGUCCAAGUGGUCCUGGUGGGAAGAUUCAGCAUAAAGCUUUCACUGCUCGGAAGACUGGAGAGCAUCUCUCAAAUUUGCUGCCGGAGACAUAUGAUGAUGUAGAAGCUGUUAGACUGACAGCUAAUGGCACAGGUUCUGCUUUACAUUCGUCUGGGCAAGCACAAGAAAACAGUAUGGAAUCAGCAGGCUUAGAAGAGGAUGUAGUAGAUAUCAGCUCUCAUGGUGUACUUGAUCCCAAUUUAAAUGAGAAGUUGAGUGAAGAAAAUCUGGCUCUGUUCACAAGGCGUGAAGAUCUUCGUCAACGAGAUACACAGUUGAAGCAGACGAUAGGUGAGCUGGAGCAUGAACUAGAGGAAACAAAAAGGAAGUGCUCUCAGCUUGCUGCUGAGCUGCAGAUACGGAAGAGCCAGCAACAACUACCUUACAAGUGAAGCAAUACGGAGGCCAAGUAGGAUGCAGAGUAUCUGUCACCUGUUAGAUCGAAAGAGGCAUUGCGAAGCCAAAUGGGUUCUUGAGGUACAGAAGGACUGAUCCUACUACAGCUAUCUCCUGAAGAAAUAAUAACGUUGAGGUGCUGUUUAAUUUGGAUGCAUAGCCAAGGAAGUUCCUCAAAUCAGGAUAGAUAGACACGGAUGCUGCUCUUGGACUUGUGUUGGGCUGAAAUUCCGUCUCCUCGUAAUUAAGUGGUUGUAUAGUGCUUAACCACUUUAUUAUUUAAUUGCUUUGUAAUUAUUGUUCAGGUUAUAUAUGGAUCCCACAUAGUCACAUAUAACCCUCACCAGGGAAAUCUUGGGAAUAUUGAGGUAUAGCCAUAUUUAUAUUACAUGUAAAUGUCACACGAUUUGCAACACGUUGCAUUAAUGAUUUAAUGUGUACUGUGAAGCA